CCGGCCCAUCACGUCUACGUGGCCUCUUUUCGGUCCAAGCGGAGUACUGCUGUGGCAAAGCGGAAAGACGGAGAAGGGUUUUUGUUAAAACCCCGCAACCGCCGGCGAGGAGAGGCGCGCCGCCGCUGACGCCGAUCCAUUCCGGCCGCCAUGUCCCAGAUCCUCCUCCGCCGCCUCGCCUCCCACCCCCGCGGUUGCCGCCGCCUCGCCUCGGCGGCUGGCGGGGGCGGCGAGAACAGGGCGGUCCGGGUGUCGGUGUGGUGGGACUUCGAGAACUGCCACAUCCCCAACGGCGUCAACGUCCUGCGCGUCGCCCCGCGCGUGGCCGCCGCCCUGCGCGCCGCCGGCAUCCGCGGGCCGCUCUCCAUCACCGCCUUCGGGGACGUGCUCCAGCUCGCGCGCUCCUCGCAGGAGGCGCUCGCCGCCACCGGGGUCUCCAUCUCCCACGUCCCACGCAGUGGGAAGAAUAGUUCUGACCGUUCAUUUAUGGCUGAUCUUGUCUACUGGAUUGCUCAAAACCCUCCACCAGUCCAUUUUUUCCUUAUAUCAGGGGAUAGAGAUUUUGCAAACAUGUUGCAUCGUUUGCGAAUGAGCAAUUAUAACAUACUGCUUGCUUGUCCUAGUAGUGCUACCAGUGCACUAUGCAGUGCAGCGACAAUUAUGUGGCCUUGGGAUGCUUUAGUUAGAGGUGAGGAUUUCUCACCAAAACGUUUUAGCCACCCACCCGAUGGUUUAUCUGGAUCUUGGUAUGGUCACUACAAAGGAGCCCUGGAUGACCCCUUCCUGGAGACGGAGUCAGUGGAACCCAUCAAGACACCAUCUGAUUCCAAGCAUUGUUCAGUCCCCAAAUAUGUAACUAAUGCAAUUCUGGAGGCGCUACAUUCAUAUCCUAAAGGGGUGAACCUCUCGGAUCUUCGAGGAGAGCUUAGAAAGAACAAUAUUUUUCUGGGUACAGACUUCUUUGGCCACAAGAAGUUCUCUUGUCUUCUCCAAUCGAUGCCAGAUAUUGUUGAAUUUCUUGAUCCUCCACCUGGUGAAAACCAGCCAUAUGUAGCUGCGGUCAACAAAAGGUUGCUGCAGCCUGGUGAUCAAUGUUCUAAGACCCUGAUUUCAGCUCAAUGUAAUGUCAAGGAGAAUAACCUCACUCGAACAGCACACAAUGAUAAGACACAUCCAUCUUUUACGUCAACUUACCUUUCUGAACUAAACUCUAAGCCCCCAAGUUCUUCUCAAAGUAUUGAUGGGAACAGAAGCUUCGCAGAGGCUGUAAAUGAAAAUCCACCUACAUUUGCCGUCUCAUCGUCCCCAUCAGAUGUGUUAUCCGAGGAUCACAAGGAGUAUCCAACAGCUGAUGUGAAUGCACAGCCAGAAUCGCCAGCCAGCCGCAGGAAAGUUGAUGAAAGGACUACCCCUGGAACUCCCUCUUCCUCAGGGAUUGAAAAUUCUGUUAACAAAGAUGGACUCUUCAAAAGGAUCUGGAUGCUGUGGAAUGGCCCCGAGAAAGCUAAAUAUGAGGUUUCUCAGAAUCGUGAAAACACUUCUGCUGAGGUUGUUGAUGAUUUGCGAACUUCUCAGCAAGAGCAUAAUGGCGAUCACCGUAGGAAGCUUUUGAAAAGAAUCCAUAAGAAUGGCUGCUCAGAUGGCUCUGAUAGUACUGCAGCAGUAAGUGCUAAUUUGUCAACUUUAUCUGAUGAUGACCGUUCUGCAAACAUAAAGAGAGAUUCAUCAAUUCUUGAGAACUCAGAACCAUGUAGUGGACCUGCAUCUCUUCCCAUGGGUAAAGCUGGAAAAAGGGAUGAUUCGUCUGAAAUGAAUAAGGGCUUAUGGAGCUGGGCAUCAAGAUGGUGGGCUUUUGGAAAAUCAGAUGCAGAUAAUAGUACAACCAAUAGAAAUGUCAUUGAUGAAGCAAGGACUGACUCAAUUGAAGAAUCUGAAUCUUCAAAUGCUUCAACUUGUGGAAGUGGACAACAAGUAGUUAAUGAAAUAUUAACAAAAUCUUACUUGUGGGAUAUUUUGGAGCAGCAGUUAUCAAAACCUCUUGGGUCUGAAUUUGUUUCAAAAGCGAAGACAAGGGAACAGUUGGUGCAUGGAUUGCAGAAAUUAGGUUGUUGGCCUCUCAAAGGCCUCCCUGAGAAAGAUCUGCAUCAGCUGGUACAUUUGUUAGUUUCUGAAAAGAAAUGGAUUGAAGAAACUCCCUCCAGACAUUUCCCUUUCCGUCUUACCCUCCCCCAGAAGAGAACAUGUGUUCCAUCGAAUCCCAGCAAGUACAAUGGUCUCAGUUCUAUUUUUUCUAAUGUGAAGCCAUCGCAGCAGGGCAAAUAUGUCGAUGGUAACAGUAGGGUGAGCAGGCCUCUCACUAGGGAGGAAAUGCUAUCCGAUUGUCACAAGUCAUUAAAGGAGCUUCUUUCGCGGUAUGAAUAUGGAUUUAACAUCAGCAUUUUCAAGCGUCAUUUUGCUCAGAAGCAUGGAUACGAGCUUGAUCACCAGAAGCUUGGGUAUACAGAUCUUGAGUCACUGUUGCGAAUCAUGCCUGGUGCAAGGGUAAAAUAUCCAAGGGUUCUACCUGCAGAAAAUGGAACUGGCCAGCCUGGCAACAAGGGAAAUGGAAAUCAAAACAAUGGUGAUGACUUCAUUUGGGAGGAGCUUGGUCCUGUAUCUGCUACUACUGAAACUGCUGCAGGGAUUGAUAAGGAAAUGUGCUACCGUCCUCCCACUUCUUCAGAUGACGAAUUCUCAGAUAAUGACAAUCAAGCAGAACAGCACCCUAGAAGAGACGCAGAGCAUAGCUCACUUCUCCAAAUUAUCGAUUCUUGGAACAGUAGCAAGGAUGAUGGUUCUAGCAAGAAACCUCAAGACAUUGAUGGGCUUGUGGAUUGUUCUAGAACCAACCCAGGUUUUCUUGACAAUCUGACCGCAGGAAAUUCACAAAGGCUUACAAGGCUCUCGCAGAAACAGUAUUCUUUUGUGUCAAACUCCGAGGAAGAUAAAGAGAACGAUAAGCUGGUUGAGAGCGUGUUGGGCAGUCUGCAAAAAGCACGGGGCUCAAAGUUGCACAGUUGAAAUUCUGUUGUAUGAAAAAAAAAAUGCUAUAAUUUGCUUCUUUUGGCGCCAAUUGCAACUGUGGCCUGACCUCAUUUUGAAAGCUUCCAUGGUCCUUGUUUGGUAAUCGUAUCAAACAAAGGUACACUUGUUUAUGGUUAUAAUCCCCUCAAACAACAGCUUAUGAUCUAACAGAGUAUCAUUCUUUUUCCUA